GCUACACAAGAGUGUGCCAAAGCUAAGUGUGUCAAAGAAAAAAAAUAACCGCUCUCCCCUUCCCGCGGUAAGGAAAAGAUAGGACUUUCUUUCGGAACAGCUCACGCUGCUGACAUUGCUCGUCAUCCGUGUCGAUACGUCUACAUUCUCCACAUUUAAACCACGUUCAUACAUGUAUCAAACGCGUUGGCGAUCACGUGAGUCGCGCUUACAUCGUAUAUUUACGGUCUGCGCCCGCGCAAACCCAACAACGUUUCCUACCACCAUCGACCGUGCCAUGAUAUCGUGUCUUCUCGCUCCCUCGUGUUUCCCCUGACUUCCUUUCCCCUCUUUUCACCAUCUCUUCCCCCCUUUCACUUCACCUUUCUCCGCCGGUUUCCGCUUUCUCUCGGCUACUCUCUUCCGUACUCUUCCGCGAUUUGGUCUGCUCUGUUGUUCAGUGUCCCCGGGUUCGUUCGUCCUCCGUAUCGUCCUCAAAGCUCAUUAACGCAUAAAAUGACGUUGACGUGUUUGGAGAAAACAUUAUUGAUUAUAUUGGGAGUGAUUGGUCUACGAAUUUUAUUUCAACUAAGUGCUCUCGUGUGGAGGAAGUUAAUAGCACCCAAUCUUGGCUUGGCUAUCGAUCUGACAAAGCAGGGUAAAUGGGCAGUGAUCACUGGUGCUAGCAGUGGCAUUGGAAAAGAAUUCGCGAAACAGUUGGCGAAACAGGGUUUGAAUAUUGUACUGGUUUCACAAUCUGAAACGAAGCUCGAGGAGGCGGCAGAUGAGAUCAAACAGAAAUAUAAUGUCGAAGUUCGAAUUGUGCAGGCAAACUUGACCGAAGGACAAGUAGUUUAUUCGAGAAUUGCCAAAGCCACCGAAGAACUUGAGAUCGCUGUGGUGGUAAACAAUGCCGGAGCCAGUUACGAACAUCCAGAUUUAUUUAACAACAUCCCGGAGGAAAGUUUGACGAAGAUUCUGCAGCUAAAUGUUAUGGCGGUGACGGGGGUUGCAAGAGCUCUUCUUCCACAAAUGUUCCAACGUAGGAAAGGUGUUCUGAUAAACAUCAGUUCGAUAUUAGGAAUCAUACCAGCUCCUUAUUUAACUGGAUAUGCCGCCAGCAAAGCGUAUGUGGCCAAACUUAGCCAAGACUUGGCCGUAGAAGCAGAACCACACGGUGUUACCGUCCAAUGCAUUAUUCCUGGCUUAGUGGCGACAAAGAUGUCAAAGAUCAAGAAACCAACUUGGAUGGCACCAUCGGCAGAAAAAUUUGUAAAAUCUUCGUUGAAAACGAUCGGUCUUGAAUUAUGUACAACUGGCUAUCAGCCUCAUUUCUUAUUAAUUGCCUUUGUACAUAGUUUACAGUACAUCUGUGAAAGAGGUGCGCUCUGGUUAAUUUCAAAAACCCUGUGUAAUAUAAGAAAUCGUGCUCUGAAAAAAGCCAGAAAAGAAGGAAAUGAUUCUGAUACACGAAGUCCCAUUUCAUGUCCAGUCUAUUCUACCUUUAGUCGAUGCUAUAACCGAGAAGAACAGAAAAAAAAGAGAAAGUGAACCGUGCUGGUGGAGAUUUGAAAAGAGUCUAAAAUUACGAUCUUCUAACUUCUCUUUGGACUUCCUAAUAAUCAAAGGAGAGUCCGGGAUUCCGAUGUUACUGCUUCAUCGUGGAAUUUUCCCUUCUCCUGACACUUAUGAGAAGACAACGGUACCAGCAUCCACAUGCAUCACGAUUAGGCAGUGGUCUAAAACUUGA